UGGCAGGCUGCCAGAAGCAGCAGUGACCAGCAGCAGGGUCAGCAGGCCGAGCACGGCCUGCACCCGCGAGGCGUUCUUGGGGUGGGGUGCCCGCACAGGACACGCUCCCCGAGAAGUAACCGCUGGAUAUCCAUCAAAUGCAUGCACGGUGAUUCAGCCGGACAGACGGACGCGGCGUGGACGCUCCUCCAGCCACGUGCUCCCAAGAGUCGGGACUGCGCCUGGGGGCGGGGCUCCAGAGCAGGCACCGCCUCUAGCUCCUCGCUCGCUCCGCGGGAGGGUGGGGGGGGCUGCGGUAGCGCGCGAACGCGCGGGGGGGAGAGAGACGGGAGGGGUUCCCGCGCCUGCGCACUGGCUCCGCUGCGGGCUCGGCGCGGCCACCGCCCACUGCCUCCCGCCGGGCUCGGGGCCGCAGUGCGCCUGCGCAUCCUCUUCGGCGCGCGCCCGAGCUCUGCGCCCCUCCCCCUCUCCUCCUGAGCCCGGCCGCCCGUCAGUCAGUCAGUCAGUCAGUCAGUCGGUGGCUCAGUCGCUCGCCGUCCGCCCUCGGAGCCGGAGCCUCUGCUCGCCUCGCGGUCGUCCCAGUCCUCGUCUUCUCGCCUCGCCUCUGCCCUUCCCGCCUCCCGUUGGCGAGGCCAUGGCGGAGCCGUCGGCGGCCACCCAGUCCCCGUCUAUCUCGUCGUCGUCGUCCGGGGCUGAUGCCGCCGGGGCCGCGGCGGGCGGCGGGGGAAGCCCCGGGACCUGCCCAGGCCUGGGGGGCAAGAGCUGCGUCUCGUCCUGUGCGGAUUCCUUUGUUUCUUCCUCUCAGCCAGUAUCUCUAUUUUCGACCUCACAAGAGGGAUUGAGCUCUCUCUGCUCUGAUAAGGGCACAUCAGAAAUCAUGACUUCUUUUCUUUCGUCUUCUGAAAUUCAUAACACUGACAUGAUAUUGCAUGAAGAAGAGAGCCAAGUAUUAGACAUCCAGCCUAUUUUGUCGAAAGAAGGAAAAGACAAUUUUGCUGAUACUGCUAAUAAAGAGAUGGAGAGGCUUCAUGGGCCCAAUGGAGAUUCUGUGAUUGAAGCUGCAAUUCUUGGGUUCCUUGACACCGAAGCAGAAGUACAUUGUGGUCGUCCAUCCAUUCCAACCAGUUUUCCUGAACGUCCUGCCAUUAUAAAGGAAACUGGUCCACCUAAGCAUCAUGCAGGUAAAGAUCAAGGGUUAAAGAACCAAAGUGAGAUACCUACUAGGGAUGAUGAAGCUGCUUCAGAUGCUGAUGUCAGGUUCACUCUGCUGAAUGGUCAGAAACUACAUAUUGAACAGUCUGAGGCAGAAGGCAGCAGUAACCAUUCUUUGUCCGCAUCUGAAGUUUCUGGUGUUAUCAGUGUGGAAAAAGAUUCUCCUGAAUCCCCAUUUGAAGUCAUUAUUGACAAAGCAACAUUUGACCAAGAGUUUAAAGACUCCUAUAGGGAAAGCACUAGUGAACUUGAUAACUGGGCAAUGCAUCCUGACCCAGAGAUAACUACAGACAAUUCACAGGACAGUAGCAGAAUAGUCCCACUGAGAAACCAAGAGGAAAGGCAUUACCCAUCCUCUGCUGUGCUCACCAGACAGUUUUCACGAACUACUGCUGCCCUAGAAGAGGUAUCUAGGUGUGUAAGUGAUAUGCAUAACUUCACCAAUGAGGUAUUGACUUGGGAUUUAAUUUCCCAAGUAAAACAGCCAGAAAAAUCUUCUGAAAACAUUGCUCAAGUUUCAAGGUUAGAUGGAAAUGAAUGUGCUUCAGAAAUUCCAGUGUCACAUCCUAAAAUAUGUGCUCAUCAGAACAUUCAGAAAAUCCCCAUACAUUCCAUUCAUGAGAAUGGUCCUAGCAUUGAAUCAGGAGCAUCCCUCUGUGAAAAAGUUUCACCUGACGGUGUUGACUCUGCAAAGAAAGUCAGUAUUGAAGGUAUGGCAGAGAGUGUGCUGAAAGGAGGUCGCACAUUUACCCGAUUACCAGAGUCUCAAGGAGGAAAAUAUGCAUCAUCAGGCCUUGAGGGGAUUACUGAAAAGGUCAUUUUACCUGAUGACACCCUGAAGGUUGAACUGAAUGGGCAGAAUUCUGUGCUAGUAGAAAUGAUGGAAGCUGAUAGUUCUGGUGAAUCGGAUGAUACUGUCAUUGAAGAUAUGACAACAGAUGUGUCAUUUGAAAGUGAUAAAAGGGGCGCUGAGAAGCUUUUAGGCCAAGCUCCUGGUGGUGUCACAAUUCAGGCAGAGAAACCUGUUUCUGUUCAGAGUACUAUGAUAGUAGCAGAUGAAAAGGAAAUCAAAGAUAAAUCCAGUCAGAGUGUCAACAAGACACAUGAGAACUUCAGAGAAUCUGUUGAUGACUUUGAAACCUUACAAGUUCAGCCAGAUGUUCAUGAAGAAAGUCCAGUUCGUGAGAUUUCAUGUCCAGAGAUAAUGGCCCCUGAUUCCACAGCAAAAUACAUGAAGCUGUCGGAUAAUUUGGAUGAAAUUCUUCCCCUGAAACCUGUUGGAACUGAGAAUCUCAAGUUUUCUCCUGGAGAAACUUCAAGAGUGUUAAGAGGAGACUCCAUGAGGGGGAAUAAAAGUGUUGACUCCCCAGAAGACCUUAUAGCAAUACUUUCAGAAACCCAAACAAGUGAAGUAUUAGCUGAAGUAAAUGCCCUUGAAGCAGAUCUGGAAGAGGGUACAACUUUGAAAACAGCCUUUCCUCCAGGAGUUUUGCGAAGAGUCAAAGAUGCUAACAACAGAUGCGUUAUACCAAACCAGAACACCAAUGGCAGUCAGCUCCAGAAUGAUAUUCUUAGUCAGAGCACUCCAGUAGCAUCUCUUGACUUAGAGCAGGAACAGCUUACAAUUAAAGCCCUUAAAGAAUUAGGUGGGAGACAUGAUGAGAAGAUAAAGCCUUUCCAAGAGGGUGUGAAAGCAUCCAUGGAAGAGAACUUCAUACAAACCUCGGCAGAUCAGGUCACCUCAACGUUUGCUCCAGAAUCUUUUUGGCCUGAGAAGUCACAUGAUAUCCUGAGAGAUCAAGAUGUCAAGACUGAUUCUAGCCUUGACCCUGGAAUUCCCCAAGAAGCUGCUGAAGUAGAAAUGAUGUCCAGCCUUAGCAAGAUUGAACAGGUUAAUGAGCAUUUCCUAACAAGACUUCUCACUCACUUCUCAGUGCACGACCUCAUCUUCUGGCGGGAUGUCAAGAAGACUGGCCUUGUCUUUGGCACAACAUUGAUCAUGCUGCUGUCCCUAGCAGCUUUCAGUGUCAUCAGUGUGGCUUCUUACCUCAUCUUGGCCCUUCUCUCUGUCACCAUCAGCUUCAGGGUCUACAAGUCUGUCAUCCAAGCUGUACAGAAGUCAGAAGAGGGCCAUCCAUUCAAGGCCUAUCUGGAUGUGGACAUUGCUUUGUCCUCAGAAGCUUUCCAUAAUUACGUGAACGCUGCCAUGGUCCAUGUCAACAAGGCCCUCAAGCUCGUCAUCCGUCUCUUUCUUGUGGAAGAUCUGGUGGACUCCUUAAAGCUGGCUGUCUUCAUGUGGCUGAUGACGUACGUGGGUGCGGUGUUCAACGGGAUCACCCUCCUGAUUCUUGCUGAACUGCUGGUCUUCAGUGUUCCAAUUGUCUAUGAAAAGUACAAGACGCAGAUUGACCAUUAUGUUGGCAUUGCUCGUGAUCAGACCAAGGCAGUUGUUGCAAAGAUCCAAGCAAAACUGCCUGGCAUUGCAAAGAAAAAGGCAGAAUAAUAACCGUUCAGAAACUGGAAAUCCAACAGUUACUAAAACACCAUUUAA